AUGGAAACUGAUGAUGGGGGCCGGGACCAGUCCGGCCCCCAGCUGAAUAUGACUCUGGAGACCCACGUGGCUCCGGAAUCGACUUCAGCCAAGGAUGCUGAAGUGUCUGAGCUCCAGCGGAAACUGAAGGUGGCUGACGAUGAGAUCGACCGUAUUAACAAGAGGUUUGAUGAGGCCCAAGGCAACGCGACCGAGAUCGAGGCCCUCAAGAGUGCCCUUGCCGAAGCCAAGGAGGAGGCGAGGGUAAGCAAAGCAGCCGCAGAGAAAGCGGCUGCAGAUGUGGAGGCCGAAAAGGCCGCCCGCCUUCAGUAUGAGGCGAGGGUGACCGAAGUAGAGCAAGCGCUCCAGGAGCCCGCCAGCAAGUGUGAGUCCUUGGAGGAGAGUAACAAGGCCCAAGCGGCCGAACUCACCAAGGCUCUUCAAGCUGUGAAGGAGGCGCGGUCCAAGUCCCGGGCGGCUCGCGAGGAGAUCAAGCAAGCCGAACAGAUAGCGUCUGGUAGCCCCUGGUGCAUAUACGGCUAUCCGGACUUGGAUGCUUUAAGCGCGUGA